GUCCGGCUAGGCGUUCGACCAUGGCAGACAAGACGAAAGUUGCUGAACAAUACUACGCCCCCCCACCGGAUCUAGGAAAAUGGGAGUCCUUAAGGAUCUUCCUAUGGAAUUCCGAAACCGGGCAAUUCCUUGGCCGCACGGGAUCCAGCUGGGCCAAAAUCCUUCUCUUCUAUUUGAUUUUCUACGCGGUUCUGGUGGGUUUCUUCGCAGCAAUGCUGACGAUCUUCUACCAGACGCUGGACGCGAAAAUGCCUAAGUGGCAAAUGGAGAGUUCCCUCAUCGGCAAUAAUCCAGGACUUGGAUUCCGACCGAUGCCGGACUCCGCUAACGUUGAAAGUACCUUGAUUUACUACAGAGCAAAUGACAAGGGAUCAGUGCUCAAAUGGGCCCAAGUCAUCGAUGAUUUCCUCCAACAAUACCGCAAGAAAGGCAGUGGUAGUGGCGAGGCUUCUGGCGCAGAAAAUCGAGUUCCAUGCUCCCCGACUUCCUCCAACUUGGGCGAGAAGCAGGUCUGCGACGUACCUGUAGAAGAAUUUCAUCCUUGCACCUCCGCAAACCAGUACAACUAUGAGGAGGCUGGACCUUGCGUGUUCCUCAAACUGAAUAAGAUCUUCAACUGGACUCCCAAUUCUUACAACAGCACAGACAGUUUGCCAGAAAAAAUGCCAGAGGACCUCAAACAACACAUCAAACUGGUCUCUGGAAAGCCAGAGGCAAACACAGUAUGGGUAUCCUGCGAAGGUGAGAACCCUGCGGACGUGGAAAACAUUGGUCCCGUGCAGUACAUCCCUCGCCGUGGUUUCCCAGCAUUCUACUAUCCAUUCACCAACAAAGAGGGAUACCUGAGUCCUCUCGUGGCUGUGCUCUUCGAAAAACCCAGGACGGGUGUCCUAAUCAACAUCGAAUGUAGGGCGUGGGCGAAGAACAUUUUCUACGACCGGUACGAGCGGCGGGGCUCGGUUCACUUCGAGCUGAUGGUGGACCGCGCCUAAGCAGCAACAUAUGUUGGCCGACAACUUGGCGGCGACCAUUUGACACGUUCCGCUUGGCCGAAUCACCACACAACGCUUAUACUACUGCUAACAGUGUCACUUUGAUGAAACGCACUUGGCCAAGUUGUAAGCCUGCCCCCCACUGCCAACUUCAAUAGCGGUCAAAAAUCAACUCAUCGCCAAGUCAGCCAUGGUUGACCGCCAAGUUGUCCGACUGCCCUCCAAUUGGUUAUCGAUUUCAUUUUAUUAAUCAAUUGGACGCCAAGGCUGCCAAGGUCACGUACACCACGCCCGGCGCCGGCUGCCAGAGCGCCAUUAGCAAUAGCCACAUAGUCGGCGGUUAAUUUAUAUUCGUUUUAGAAUAGCCCUCGGGCGCCACUGAGUUGAAGUUUUCGUUUACACGCUUAAAGUUAAAUUGAAUUUUAAAUAAUUAUAAAAUAAUAUUUAUUAUUGUAAUGUUUUCUGGACCGAGUGUCAAUAAAUACGCAAUAGUUGGUUCCAAUUUAGCA